CAUGCUGCCCGCGCCGGCUCUGUCCGACCAAUCAGAAUAAAGACUGCAAUCGGGAGUCCUGUGCCUGUCCCGCGCAACAUGGCGGAGAAUUUAAACGUUGAGCGUGGUUGUUCAGUGGCCUGUCUCUCCUCUGAAUCCCAGCUUCAGGAACUUUGUCGGCUCCAGCACAUCCGUUGUUCUCCUCUUGGGGUGAACAGGAAGAAUAUCUGCAACUUUGUCGUGGAAUAUCUGUGCGACUACAAGAGAAUACAGGAGGAGGAGUUAUACCUUGUGAAAUGGAAAGGAUACCCAGAUUCUGAGUGCACAUGGGAACCGCGACAUCACCUCAAGUGCUUUAACCUCCUCAAGCAGUUUCACCGUGACUUAGAGAGAGAACUUCUCCGCCGGGCCAAGGCCGCAGGGAACAGUACGAAUAGAAAGGCCAUCGUAAAGUGCCCACGUAGGCUUGACUCCAGCCUUUCCCACCAUGUAGUUUUAAAGGCCAAACAGAGACAACGGCUUCGUUUGUGGGAGCAAAAGCUGAAUGCCAAGCGCGCCCACCCAGGCCUCAUCUUAAUAGAGAAUGAAGUGGAUCUGGAGGGGCCCCCAAAUAACUUCACAUACAUUAAUGAAUACAAGGUGGGGGAAGGUUUAACCAUUACCCAAACGGCUAGAGGGUGCAAGUGCCGGGACUGUUUUACAGAUGAGCGUGGCUGCUGUCCGGGAGGAUUUCAGCACAAAUUUGCUUACAAUGAAGACGGAGAAGUUAAGGUCAAACCUGGCUUUCCAAUUUAUGAAUGUAACUCUCUGUGUCGCUGUGGCCCCUCCUGUCCAAAUCGUGUUGUACAGAAAGGAAUUCAGUAUAAAUUCUGCAUCUUCAGGACCUCGGACGGAAGAGGCUGGGGAGUCCGAACCUUGGAAAAGAUUCGCAAGAACACCUUUGUUAUGGAGUAUGUUGGCGAGAUCAUCACCUCCGAUGAGGCCGAACGCAGAGGACAAAUCUAUGACCGUCAAGGGGCUACCUAUCUGUUUGACCUGGAUUAUGUAGAAGAUGUGUACACUGUGGAUGCUGCCCGCUAUGGAAAUAUCUCACACUUUGUAAACCACAGUUGUAAGCCGAACCUCCAGGUCUACAACGUCUUCAUUGAUAAUCAGGAUGAACGUCUACCUCGCAUUGCGUUUUUUGCUACUCGCACAAUACGCACUGGAGAGGAGCUUACUUUUGACUAUAACAUGCAAGUGGAUCCAGUAGAUGUUGAAAGCACAAAGAUGGAUUCUAAUUUUGGUCUGGCCGGCCUGACUGGAUCACCCAAGAAAAGGAUCAGAGUGGAAUGUAAAUGUGGCUCCAAUAAGUGUCGUAAAUACCUCUUCUGACUGUAGACUCUGUGGACAGGCCGCUUGCUCCCACAGCACUUGAAUAACUGUUACAGGGGGAGGGUAGAGCGUUUACAUCCCCUGAAAUGAAUUAAUCUGAGGGAGGAGCUCCGACUCCACUGCCUUCCAUACCCCACCCUCCUGACCAUGGUGCUAUAUGGUUUUUAUCCUUUUUUUUUUUUUUUAUGUAAAAUUUAUCAGGGCUUCCACUGCUCUCCUGGAAGUACUCUGUUCCUUUUUAUCCUUCACUGUCGUUGUGCACAGGGGCCUCUCACGCUGCGCUACACUCCAUACUUUAGAAUACUUGAAUGGUCCCCUGUCUGCUAUUCAAUCUGCAGGAACAUAAUGAAAUAUGCACCAGAUCCGGCAGAUUCGCAGCGUUUCUGUUCUUUUCUUGUAUAGAAAUAUUGAAUUUUUUUUUCUUUUUUAAUUCUGAACACUCAUUAACUGUUUCAUUUUUUUUUUUUUUUAACCUUUUUAGUCUUG